GUGAAAGCAGCAGUAAAAAAAAGAAGAAAAAGAAGAAAGGUGACAAGGAGGAGGAGGAGGAUGCAAAGGCAAAGAAGGGCAAACCCAACAAGAAGAUGCUGGCAGCCAUGAAAGAGUUACUUGCAAAACAAAAAGAGCAAGAAGAAAAACAGAAGGCAGAAGAGGAGGAAAGAAUAAGGCAAGAGGAAGAAAGGAUUCUUAAGUUAGAAGAGGAGAAGAGGCUUGAGCAAGAAAGAAAAGAGCGGAAAAAGCUGAAGGAGAAAGAAAGAAAAGAACGUCUGAAGGCAGAAGGCAAGUUGUUAACUCCAAAGCAGAAGCUGGAUUUGCGCAGAGCACAAGAUCUUUUGGAACAUUUGAAGGCCCAAGGUGUUAGCAUGCCAGAGGCUGGAGAAAAGAGACCUCGUCCGGGAACCAGAAUCCGACCUAAAAAAAAUAAGAAAGAGGAGAAAACAGAAGAACAAGAGAUUGCAGAGCCAGAAUCUGAUAAAAUGGAUGGCGAAGCUUUGUCCAAAGAGGAGGAGUUAACAGACUCAUGGAAUAAGGUGGAGUUGGAGGAGGAAGAAGAGGAAGAGGAGGAGGAGGAUGUGAAGGAUGCAUGGGAUGAGAGUGAGGGGGAAGAGGAGGAUGACGAAGAUAUCUCAGAAGGCACAAAGAUUUCCAUAGAUGCAGAUGUAAAGAAGACUGAGAAAGACGAAGACGAUGAUGACGAAGAUGAUGAUGACGAUGAUGAUGAAAGUGAUGAGGAUUCGGAAAGUGAUGACUCUGAAGAAGAACGUCAGACUGAAGCAGAGAAGCGAAAACAAAGGGCAGUGUUAAGAAUAGCAAAGAGAAAAGAACUCAAUGAAAAGAAUUUAGUAGCUGACAACCUUAGAGCACCAGUGGUCUGUGUCCUUGGCCAUGUUGAUCACGGAAAGACAAAAAUCCUAGAUAAAUUACGCAGAACUAAUGUGCAGGAAGGAGAGGUUGGCGGUAUCACACAACAAAUUGGAGCAACAAAUGUUCCUGCACAUGGUGUUCAGAGGCAAACACACAUGGUUAAAGGUUUUGAUAUGAGUGUAUUAAACUUCCCAGGAUUGCUCAUCAUUGACACACCUGGUCACGAAUCUUUCAGCAAUUUACGUUCAAGAGGAUCCUCUUUAUGUGAUAUUGCCAUUCUAGUUGUGGAUAUUACUCAGGGGCUGGAGCCUCAGACUAUUGAAUCAAUUAACCUUUUGAAAAAAAGGAAAACUCCAUUUGUAGUUGCUUUAAAUAAGGUUGACAGAGUGUUUGAAUGGGAGUCUAACCAGUCCAAAGACAUUCGGGAUGUUAUAAAAUUACAGAAAGAACCUGCUAAAAAUGACUUUGAUCACAGAACUAGAGAAAUAAUUCAAGCUUUGAAUGUACAGGGCUUGAAUGCUGCCUUGUUUUGGGAGAACCCUGAUCCUCGUUCCUAUGUUUCUCUAGUGCCCACUAGUGCCAUCUCGGGUGAUGGAAUGGGUAAUUUAAUUGCUAUGGUAUGUGAUAUGUGUCAGCAAAGAUUAAACAAGAGAUUAAUGUUUUCUGAGCAACUACAGUGCACCGUCCUAGAAGUCAAAACCAUACAGGGUCAUGGUACGACAAUAGAUGUAAUCCUGGUAAAUGGUAGACUUCGUGAAGGAGAUACAAUUAUUGUAGCUGGUACAGAAGGCCCUAUAGUUACGCAAAUCAGGUCUUUACUUUUGCCUAAACCAUUAAAAGAAAUAAGAGUGAAAGGUCAGUAUGAUGAAUUUAAAGAAGUUACAGCUGCACAGGGUGUGAAAAUUGCUGCCCGUGACCUAGAAAAAGCAAUUGCUGGACUAAAUCUUCAAGUUGCAUACCAUGAGGAUGAAAUUGAUUUGCUGAAAGAAGAGGUGGAUAAGGAAUUUAAAGCUGCUAUGAGGUCCAUUAAGGUGAAGGAGCGAGGUGUUUAUGUUCAGGCUUCAACUUUAGGUGCCUUGGAAGCCCUUCUCGAAUUUUUCAAGGCCAACAGUGUACCUUAUUCUGGUAUUCGUGUUGGCCCAGUAGUUAAGAGAGAUGUGAUGAAAGCAGCCGCUAUGUUGGAACAUGACCCGAUGUAUGCAGUCAUUCUUGCUUUUGAUGUUAAAGUUGAAAAGGAUGCACAAGAAUUGGCUGACAAAGAAGGGGUAAAAAUUUUCUCGGAGGAAACCAUAUACCAUUUGGGAGACCGCUAUGUGGAAUAUAUAAAGGAUUACAAGAAGAAGAAACAAGAUGAAUUCAAAAACGUUGCUGUGUUCCCAUGUCGGCUUAAGAUAAUUCCAACGGCAAUUUUCAACAAACGUGAUCCAAUUGUAUUGGGUGUGACUGUAGACCAAGGAAUACUUCAGACUGGCACACCUCUGUGUGUCCCAUCAAAGGAGUUUGUGGAAAUAGGUAUUGUAACGUCUUUGGAAUUUGAUCAUAAAAGUGUUGACAAGGCAAAGAAAGGUGUAGAUGUAUGCAUCAAGAUUGAACCUGUGCCAGGUCAUACACCAAAGCUAUUUGGUCGACACUUUGAAGCUGAAGACAUUUUGGUUAGCAAGAUUUCCCGUGAGUCAAUUAAUGCAUGUAAAGACCAUUUUAGAGAUGAUUUGUCUAAGACUGACUGGAAACUAAUGGCCGAGUUGAAAAAAGAAUUUGAGAUUCUUUAAGCAUUUUGUAAUAUAGUGGGAACUUCAUUAAUGCCAUAAUGAUAUACAUAUUCCAAUAUUUUUAUUUUAUAUGGUCUUAUGGUUUAAAGUGAGUGUUCUCACAAGUAAAUACAAUACUGUAACCAGUAUCAAAGUUUGUUAAAGAUUUUCAUUUGUGUAUAGGAGGUUAUUAAUCAUCAUGCGAGCUGAACAGCUUGCUUUAUGUAAUAACAGGUUUUAUAGAAUAAUCAAAUAAAUUUUUUAUGUGAAAAUUAAGUCUUUAUGCUCUAGUAAUUUGGAUUUUAUAUUUUAUAAUAUGGGGAAACAUUGCAAUGAUACCUUCAGAGCCACACUACCUUUGUUCUUAAGUGAGGUCAAGAAAAAUAAUGUGGAUCCAAUUACUUGUUUAAACUAUUUUUUUAAAUCUUUUUUGGAUUUAUUUAAAAAGAAGGCUGUGUUUUGUGUCUUAGUAUAAAGCAUUUUCUUGCAUUCCUCCUAUCUUUAUUUAUGGAUGUAUGCAUCCACUAAUUUAUACUUAUUUACAAACAUGAAUUGGCAAAAUAAAUCUUGAGCGAGUGACAUUCGCAAUAUUUCUGAUACCUCAUUUCUUUGCGAGCUUUGCUUCCUUGAAUUGUUAUAUGAUGAACAUUUUAAAAAUAAGAAUUCUACUGUAGUCUUGAAAAGAAGCUUGGAGUAUUUUACUUUUAUGCAAUCCACUUGCUUGUCUGGAUAAUCAGGUAAGUGAAAGUUGCCAGUUGUUUAUGUAGGCUGAUUAAAAAGGGCAUGGGAAGUAAAGGAUAAUUGGAAUAAGUCCCUCAAAGAAAAAAAAAUACUUAAAUGUAAAACAGCUGUAAUGGGAAUGUGGAGAACAUGUAGCAGUCCACCAAAUGGUGUUUUACAAGUGCAACCAAUAAAUUCCCUAGUUUGUUUAUUGAAAUUUAGUUUAAUCUUUGUUAGUUAAGUGUUCCAUCUCUACUACAUUUCAAUGAAUAUAAAUGUCAAGGAUUAGAACAAAAAUUAAUUAAAUAUAUUUAUUGUGAUUAAUGUUUUUACAUUUGUAAAAUGUAAACACAUUUGAAGUGUUAAAUCUGGAACUGUGAUAGGGUAAGGUAUUUGCAUUUUAAAAGCUAAAUUUGGAUGAAAAGUGACAUGGAACCACAUUAUAUUUUCAAUGACUUUAAGCACUACAAACUUUUUUUUUAAUUGUGUUACAAUCUGAUUGUUGAGAAUCAAUAGAGGAAUUUUUAUAGCAUUGUCUUUUUCAAAACUUAAUAAGAAAUUAUUAGUAUACCUUAUUUAAAUUAAAAUUUACAGUUUUUCAUUGACCAGAAUAAUCAAAAGAACAAUUAUAAAUAUUUGGAAUACAAUAUUUUAUUUACAUAUUAAUAUAUAGAAUUUUUGUGAAAUUUAUAUUUAAUUUGUCAAGUGAUAAAUUAAUAAAUUUGCAGUCGGUCAAAAUCCAUAAGACAAAGAUUAAAUUUCUUGGGUACAGCAAGGGUUAGCAGACUGGUACAGUAUAUGCACUGGUAUGCAUGGAUUGAUCAAUUUUCUGUGGCCAAGAACUUUGAUUAAACUUCAUGAAGUAUCAUAUAAGGCAAAUUGUUUAAAAAAAGAAAGUUAAUUUUCUGCUUAUAUACAUAACUAUCUUAUUUUAAAGUUAAUACAUUUUUUUGUGGGGAGCCCCUUCAACUUUCUGGAGCUAUUGGGCUAAUAUGCAAUUCAUUAGACCAGGGCAUUAGUUAUAGGAGUUCAGCCUACCGGGGACCACGAGCCAGAACCUUGCUCCCUCAGAGAGGAAUAGGGAGCAAUUGCCCUGGAAAAUCCCCUUUGUAGUUGGGGGUUUUCCUAAUCUGCCAUUGACCGGGAUUAGGCAUCCAGAAGGUAGGUCUAACAAAACAGACCCCACAUGGUAAGAAAAUUGCAACCGAAAACAGAACUGAGGCAGAACUCUAUCCAAUCCCAAGGAAACGAGCAAACAGGCAAACGUCACACCCCAUUGCUGUGCCGCUCGUCUGCGCAGCAAACCCCCCGCCCUCCAGAGGGAAAAGCCCCGGACCCCGGAAAGCGCCUGCGACCCCAUGAAUUCUAGGGUGGGAGUCAUCUCUGGCCUCGAUUUCCUAUGCAGUGUCUUUCCUUAGUAGUGUCCUCUGCUGUUCGUAGAGUGGUGGCCAGGUGUACAUGAAAUGUAACAGGGCUGCAUGCACUUUGGACAGCCUUCCCUAAGUGCCCUGUAAGUAUUACCCUUGCGUGUUGGGGUUAUCUUCCAUGGUGCAUUCGGGAUGCCAUUUCCAUAGGGGGUUCUUGCUGCUCUGCAUCUACCCUGCCUUUGUGGCCAGCUGGGGUUUCGUGGCCCUUGUUUGGCCUUGGAUAGGGAGUGGUAUUGUUGCUGGUUGGGGCGUCAAGGUGUUGCGCAGCCAGCUUACUUGUGCAGCAUCCAUCUCCUGUUUCCUCUGGAGACAGUGGUACAAUGGAGACAUUGUACUUUUGCUGGGUUUUUCUUUUCUUUUUGUUUGGGUUGCCUGGUGGGGGUCUGCCUGGUAUGGCUAUUGGACCACUUAUAAUCAUUUGAUGUCCCUCCACUAUGCCCCCAUGAUUGUGCACAUCGCAGGGGUUUCAGUGUUUGAUCUCCUUGUUAGAUUUGGGUCUAAAUGAUUAGCAACACCUUGCCCGUGCUUCCCGUAGCAGUCAGCCUACAGGCCCUGGAAAACCCUAUCGGGACUCGUUGGACCUACGAAUGCGUCUUCAGAGUUCCAGCUCGCCUUGUGCAAGUUUGAAGGUUGCUGUGUGCCCAUGUCUCAGUGUGACAGUCACCGCUUUUCCCUCCAUCAUGCUGCCUGUUGACCCGGUGUUGGCACCUAUGACCCAGAGUCUUGCGAGUCGUAUUCUCUGCAUGUUCUCCAGUUUACCCAUUCUGAUAACAUUGAUAUUCAGGUACAGGCGGCAUCCAUGUAGCAUGAUAGGUUUAGGUUGCUGCAACACGCUAGAUUGGUCACCGCCCCGGAUGCCCUGAGACUGCCUUGUUUUGGUUAUAGGGACCCAGACCUGGGGGGGGGGGCGUUAGUCUCUACGACUUUGGUUCAAUCAGCACUCCCUGGUCCUUCCCUUGUUGUUCACCCUGCUCCCCACCUCCUUCCCUCCUCCCCCCAUGCUUCUGGCUCCCAAACGUCUGAGGGCUUCGGAGUCGGAACAGGGUUUAGUUGGUAAUGAGACUGGCAGCUUCGGGGGCUGUCCCGUUUAGGUUCGGGACAGAGGCAUUCAAGCCAGUUCCUCCUGCCGAAGCUUCUGGGUCCCACCAGCAGCCUCCCCUUCUUUCUUUUCUGCCUUUUCUUCAAGGGUAGAGGGUAUGGAGGACUGCCCUGGGUCCCAAUUUGGGGGAUCCUGGGGCUGGAGAGUAGUUGACCUGGGGGGCUUGGGCCUACUUUAACCCCGCUGGGGUGUUAGUGCCCUAACACCUUGUUUUGGUUGUAGGGACCCAGACCUGGGGGCGUUAGUCGCUACGACUUUGGUUCAAUCAGCACUCCCUGGUCUUUCCCUCAGUCGAUUAAGUUCGAUUCCUCGUCACGGCCCUUGUGGAUUUGUUCAUUUGUUAGUGUCCUCUUUGCGGGGCUUAUUGUUGCAGGGGGGAGCAGUUUUCUUAAACCCCCCCUCCCCCCUUUGCCUGUAUGAGUAUGAUUUGGGGUCGGCUUCUCCCCAUGUUCAAUUCCGGGUGCCCUUGGGUUCUCCGGAUCCUUCCUUCCUGAGGUAUUCUGCUUCAGGGAUCGUACCUAAGUAGGUUCAGGAAGCGCUUGCUGCGUACCUCCAGCGAGACCAGGAUUCUGUGUCUGUCAUGGAUCCAUCCUCGUUUGAGUUCAAUUCUUCCCAGUAUUUGGUGCGUUUGGAGGUGUCAGAGUCUUCCUGGCUGGCAGACUGUCCAUUCUUUUCACUGGGGGCAUGGCAUGGGUUCUGUUGGACCCGCUCGCUUGAAUGGCGAGAAACUUCUACCUUUCUGCAAAUUUAUCUAGGGGGCAGUCUUGAGUGCCUUGAUACAUGCAUGUUCGCUCCUAUGCUUCCUCAGGAUGUUGGACUUGUGCAUCUGCACAUGCUGGUUCCCACCCUUUCGGCAUAUUUGGUAGCUGAGGACUUGCGCGCCCAGGGGCAUUUGGUUUCGGUCUUGCACUUCUUUACCCUUCUCGAGCUGCCCUCAGACUGGCUUGAGGAGGAUGUGGGGGCAUUGGGUGCUGGGCAUUCAUCUGCUGCGCUGGCCUCAGCGGCUAGGGCAUCGACCACUGUUGAAGUUGUUUGUGCUGAUUCUCAAGGAGAUGGUGUCUCUGUUCUUUGACUCUUGCCUCGUGUGCUGGUAGGCUAUCAUUGCUCUCUUUGGAAUUCACUUGGGCCCUGGCUCUUAGGUUUUCAUUGCCUUUUUGUCCAUUGCUGUUUGCGAAGACUGCUGUCACACAGUUUCUGCAGGCGGCUUCGUCUAGUUGUUGUCCAAUGUCGAACUUUUUGGUUCUCAGGAGUGGCCAUUCUUGACCUUCUCGGAAGGGUGGUGCCAGGGCUUGGGGUGGGCCACUGGUUCUAGUUUUUGAGCCGGUGCUUCCUUCGGAGUCGGUGUUGUCUGAUCAGCGCGGUGCUCGUUCUGCUCGCAAGUCAAUUUCCUGCUUUUUUUUUUUAAUUUUUUAUUUUAUUUACAAUUUUUUUUUUCUUAGAGUGAGCUGGUCGAUGGCCAGCCAGUCCCCUCACAGGUCGCCAUGUUAAUGGGGUGAUGGGGAGGAAGCUUGCUCUGUUUGCUCACAACUGGUCCCACGAUUAGUGGGAAUUUCGGGUCAUAUCCUCCGGCCUGUGGUAGCAUUGAGAGGAGACUCCUCCUUCAGGGGGUUCGGGGCUGGCGGGGCAGGCUUCUUUCCCUGUGCUCUGUCUGGUCAUCUCGAAGUGGGAUUCGCUUGGGUGUGGUCGAAAAGACCCUGUCUCUCAGGUGGGUUUCCCACCUGUUUCCAGUGCCAAAAUGAGACUGUGCAGAUCUGAGGUUCAUUAUAGACUUGUCCCGUCUGAACCCCUGGAUUCCUUGCCCCCUCCUUUCGGAUGACUACUUUGUCUCAAGUCCGGCUUCUGUGGGAGCAGGGUGCCUGGAUGGUGUCCCUGGACCUCAGGUAUGCGUAUUGGCACGUUCCCAUUCAUCCAGAGUUUAAGGACUAGUUAGGUUUUGUGGUGGGGUGUCGGGCUUACCGCUUUCGUUGUCUACCUUAUGGUUUGAAUCUAGCACCUCUCAUGCUCUGCGUCUGCUAGGUGUUCGGGUUUAUCUCAACGACUGGCUGGUGUGGGCUCCUAGUAGGUUCGCUUGUCUGCUCGCCAGGGGUGUGGUUCCUUCCCAGCUCGCCGGAUUCGGGUUUCUGGUGAACUGGAGGAAGUCUCCUCUGGCUCCGUCCCAGGUUCGGACCUGGCUGGGUCUUGUUUGGGAUUCUCGGACCACUUCCAUGUCUCUCCGUCUGGAGGCAUUAUUGUGGCUGUGGUCCCACCUUCAGCUGUUUCUGGGGGGUUCCUGGGUCACUCGGCAGUUGCUCGAGCAGUUGUGCAGGAGUCUGAAUUUCACUGUGCUGGUUUACACGCUGGGUCAGGUUUGGCUUCGGCGUCUGUUCUGGUACCUUCCGGGACACCCCUUCCGCCUCUCUCGCGAUUGCUGGGUUCGACCUCCAGAGGCCUUGCGUCGCCGGCUUCCUCUUCGGAUUUUUUUUUAGAGUUCAUUGCCUUGGCGCGCCUACCCUACCCCACCCCUCGCUCAAUGUGUUCACAGAUGUGUCAUUUCUCGGCUGGGGGGUUUGUGACCAGUACUCACCAGGUCAGCCAGGGGAGGUGGGGUCUGUCCUUCUGUCGGGCUCACAGCACAGUGCGGGAGUUUGCUUCGGAGGGUUCGGAUUGCUUGGGGUUCGUCGACCGUUCGGCUCCAUUCGGACCAUUUUACGGGGGUUCUCUUUGGGGCUGGUCACUUCGAGUGGCUUGUCUGCUGGUUUCUCGGGGUUUGGCUCUGUGCAGUUAAUAUCAGGGGAGUGUCUAAUUUCCUGGUGGAUGGCCUGUCUCGGUUCAUUCCCAGUGUCCACGAAAUGGACUGUCAACGCCGACUCCUUCAGUUGGCUCUGCCAGACAUACUGGCUCCCAAAGGUGUACCUCUUCACGUUAGUUUGGUUGAGGCAUCUCCCGAUAUAUGUGGUGCUCUUCCCCGACCAGGGAGCUUUUGCAAUGACCGCUUUUCGGCAGGACUGGUUGAGGUGAGGUUACCUGCACCUCUUUUCCCCAGUCCAGCUGUUGCUUCGGGUUCUGGCUCAGUUGGAGUCUUACCAUCAGUAGUCCUUUUGCCCCCUUGCUAGCCGGCCCAGCCUUGGUUUCAGGUGCUGCUUGCUCAGUGUCCGAACCCAGGGCGUUUUCUUCGGCUCCGAGUCUUCCAGCAGAUCAGACCUGUCUAGUACACGACUGGUUCGGUCUUCUCCUCCGAUCUUCACGUCUGGUCUUUUUGAUGCUGGUUUAUUGCCAUUUGUAUUGUGAUCAGGUGGCUUUGUUGGUGGUGUACCACCUUAGAGCUUCGUCUCGGCAACAGGUUGAAGUUUCCUGGCAUUCUUUCCAUCGUUUUCUCUCUCUUCGUUGGUUGUCUUCUAUUUCUGAUCGGGUUGUCUUGUCCUUUCUGUCUUUCCUUGACAUGGACCAUCAUUUAAUGCCUAAUACUGUUGCCUCGUAUCGCGCGGUGCUGGCGGUGCCGCUGCUGUUUGCAUUCGGGGUGGAGAAAACCAGCGUUGAAUGUAAUGAAAUGCCAUUUUCUGGGUGAGCCCUAGAGGCUCCCUGGUACCCUCCCUCCCUCUGAUCAGCGGCUUUCACGUUGUUUUGAUACGUAGCCUCCGAACUGGAAUGGCUGGGUCGCUGGCAUGGGGGUGUCCGGGAGAGGAAGGGGGUGUUGUGUGGACAGCACUGCGAUGGUGGGAUGUGACGUUUGUCUGUUUCCUUGGGAUUGGAGGGAGUUCUGCCUCUCUGUUCAGGUUUCGGUUGCAAUUUGUUUACCAUGUGGGGUCUGUUUUAUUAUGUCAACCUUUCUGGGUGCCUAACCCCAGUCAAUGGCAGAUAAGGAAAACUCCCAACCACAAGGGGGUUUUCCAGAGCCAUUGCUCCCUGUGCCUCUCUGAGGGGGCCAGCUUCUGGCUCAUGGUCCCUGGUAGGCUGAACUUCUAUGACUAAUGUCCUGAUCUAAUGAAUUGCAUAUUAGCCCGAUAGCUCCAGGGAGCUUCCGGGGCUCACCCAGAAAAUGGCUAUUCAUUACAUUUAACGCUGUUUUUUCAUCACACGAGAAUGAAUUGUAAGUUUUUAACAAUUUCCAACCAGAGCAGCAAAUAUUUUUUUGCUUUUACCAGCUAUGAGAACAUCAAUUGAAGAAGUAAGGGGUUUACUUGUCAUUUAAACUUGAAAUUUGUUUGAACUUGACAUGGUUGCACCACUUAGUGGUCAGGCACAUUUCCUACUUUCAGAUUAAACUGUUCCAUUAUAGUAUUGGUAGUUUCCCGUUUGUCUAUCAUCUUUGUUUUCUUUCCUUGUGCUCUAUUUUUGUCUGCCCUAACUACUUUCCCAGUUUUGUCUUAAUGACAAUUUCUAUUAGUUUUUGUAAACAUUGUUAUCCAAGUGACAUGUGCUUCAUAUAUGUAUCAGCAUAAGUAACUUGUAAACAAAAUUUAAAAGUUAUUUGUGUGUGCAUUAACCUUUAGUGCUGAAGGUGUGGAAUGGUCUGAUAUCUGAUGUGCUCAAUGGUUGUGUGUGUGUAAUAUCUUUUUAAUGGUAGGUAGUCUCCAGGGAAAUUAGACAGAUGUAAAUAUUAUAAUUAAAUUAUACAAUUGUU